AAUAUUAACAAAAUAUAUUUUAUUAUUUAACCUUUUGAGUUAUGGCCUCCAGCAGGGGCUGUAUUGUUUUACUUCAUCUGGUAAUGGUGGUAAAUGAAGUGUCUCUGCAGGUCACUGUUAAGGGUGUUAUCGGAGGUUCUGUCGUUUUACCGUGUUCCUCUAAAGAACCUCAGCUUGCAUCUGAAGACAUUACAGUGAAUUGGAAACACCAUAACAGACUGAAAGUAUAUGGCAUUGUUAAGGGUAAAGUCUCUGUGGAAGGACAGGAUCCAGAGUACGAGAACAGAGUUGAAAGUGACUCUGAGCAGCAUCUGAGAGGAAACUUCUCACUCAAACUCAAAAAUCUUCGGUACAGCGAUACGGGAAAGUACCAGUGCUACAUCAUAGCUGUCUCAGUAAUUAAGACCGUGGAGCUACAUAUCGAAGAGCCUCUGCAGCACCCAUUUGUGCGUUCUGUUGGCGGUUCUGUGGUUUUGCCUUGUUCUUCUAAAAAAUCUCAGCUUACAGCUGAAGACAUUACAGUGCACUGGAGACACAACGAGACGCUGAAAGUGUAUGACAUUAUUAAGGGCAAAGUCUCUCUGGAAGAACAGGAUUCAACAUAUUACAACAGAACUGAAAUUAUCCGUGAGAAGUAUCUGAAUGGAAACUUCUCCCUAAAACUUAACAACGUUCAACACCGUGAUACAGGAAUCUACACAUGCUACAUCACAAAUGAAUUUCUAAUUCAAAGUGUGAAACUAGAAUUUAACCAAGGAGCACAAGCAAGACCAGAGAAGAUUUUAUUAGUGCCUUUACUUUCUGUUUCCAUUCUGCUCUGUAUGACAUAGUAGUUGGCGGAGCAGCGGCACUGA